AUGGCAGAAAAACAUCGUCUAGCCGCAGCUACGGGCCUCGAACCACGCCAAGUUACCAUAUGGGUGAGUUUUUUCCAGUGCCAGAGCUGAUCUCGCAGUUGGUGGAAGUUGCUGCAGACGAGCCGCGCACGUUCAUCAGGCGCACGGCAAGGACAGAGAGAGAGAAAGCCGCAUCUGAAGUGCACGAAGCAGCCUUCACGACAAUGCUCGCGCUUCUAGACGUGCUCACGCAGCCGCUGUGGAAGGCUAUUCAUAAGUCGUCACCCCCUGACUCGUGCUCACCUCCCUGCCCUUUCGCAACGAUUCAGUUCCAAAAUCGUCGAAAUCGCAAGACGAAGCAAGGAACUCACAAGUACCACCGUGGUGGAGAAGUGGCAGAAGUACUCAAAAUGGAGCAGGACUCCGAGCAUGACUGCCGGACAAGAAGUUUCACGCCGGCUCUUAUGAACAAGCGAAAAGGGACGACGAUACCGGUACAGCUGCGCUGGUCAUCCGAGCUGCACUUUAAACGACAACGACUCUUCGAUGGAAGCGCACAGGGAAUGAAGACCACUGGGAGCGACGACUCGAGCGUCGCAGACAGCUUUGGCUCUUGGGACGCAGACAGCAUCGCUCCUCAGCAGCGCUACCCAUCUGGUGCUUCGAGCUUGGGCACGACGGUCGACAAUUGCAGUAGCCCGAGCACACCUCCCGAUGGAUGGAACCGUGAGUCCUCGCCAGACACAAGAACAAGCCAUCACACGGGUUCUUUGAGCUACGCUGCGUCACCAGUGACAGGGCAGCUUUCCCUGCCAACGAGCUCAAUCAAGGGCUUUGAGCAGCAGCAUCCCCAGCUCAGCAGCAAUGUGGCGUUGUCAACAAAGCCCUCUCAAGACUUUGCCAGCGAGCAAAGCGUGAACAAUGCCUUGCUCUUCGAUGCGUAUGGAGUCGCUCAGCUGGAUUGGGACGACCUCUGCCUGGAUGUGCACCUCUCCGCUGCGUUCGACGCCACAGGUGAUGCUCUGCAUUCGAGACUUUUCACGCCAGAUCUCGGACGUCAGCAUUCUAAUCCUGUCAAUUCGUUUGGCCAUAUGAGGCAGGGAGGCUCUCAGCAUGUCAGUGUGGCACAGGGUGCCGCCAUCGACCCGUCAGCAAACACGAUUGGCGCCGUUAUUAUGAAUUGGCCUAGCGCGCCUGACAUUGCGUCGCAGAUGGCAAUGGGUCUGAGUGUCGAGUCAACACAAGACAUGCUUGUUGUGGCGGAGGGACCCGAGCAGAUGGAUAUCAGCGAGGAACAUAAACCAGAGAUGGUGCUUUCGGUGCCGAUGCCCGACAGCAUCUUGAUCAAGAACAGUAGCAGCUCUGGUGCUUUCCAGCUCACGUCAGAGUCAUUCGCCUCUUUAGAGAGCUGGACUCACGAUCAUUCGUCGCUGGACCACAUCAUCGAUCAGUGGAGCAAACGACUGGCGGAGCAGCACGCGAAUCCUCCACUGGGAACCGCAGACACGAAUACACCGAGGACUGGUCCUGCUCAAGCAGAGAAGACUGCACACAGCCAGCAGCUCCUGGCUGCACAUCGCUUGUCCGAUGUGAUGAUGACAUAG